UUACUGUAUCAACAAACGGUACUAUAAAAGAACACAGUAACACAGCAUCUUCUCUGCAGCAGAACUCAGUUCAUUAAUCCAUAUACGAAAUGGGGAAAAAAGACAAAAAAGAAGGAAAAAAGGGAAAGAAGAAAAAGAAGCAGAGUAAAACUAAAGAUACAGAAAAGAUUAGCACUGCAGAGGAGAUCCUGGCCUUCCAGAUUCAGAUUAAGGAAAAAGAGCUUCAAGAGCUCAGGGCUGAAUUUAAAGAAGUUGAAGAAAAGAAUAUAAGAUAUAAAGAAAGAAAUGAGCGUUUGAAAGCCGAGCAGUUGGGUCACAUCAAGAACCUUAUGAAGGAAGCUAAAGCACAAGAGCAAGAACUUGCUAAGAAAGAAGUGGUGAACAGGGAACAGGUUGAAUUGGAAAUUAAAAAUAAAUGGGAAUACAUUCGAGAGCAGGAGAGGAUGUUGGAAGAGCUUCGCACAGAAAUAAAUCGCCUGGAGGAAGAGGCUAUGGAAAGAGAGCUUGAGCGGGAUUACUAUUUGGAGUAUAAGAAUGUUGUGAGCAUUGAGCAUGCCAAACAGAUCCAUCUUCUGGAAAAUAAGAUGAACGCCAUGACGCAGAACUUAUGGGAAAUAAAUGAAUACUUCAGAAAAAAUCUUGAAAGUACAAAGGCCGCCAUUGCUAUACGAACAAAGAAGUCUAUUAAUGUGGAGAAGGAACUGGCUGCAGAGAAUGCAGUGAAACAAAUUGACAUGGAAAGCCGGAGAGAGAUCAAAGAAAAUGACUGGUUUAAGAAAGAGGUUGUAAUUUACGCAAAAGGCGUUGAGGAAUUGGAGAAUUUGGUUUGUAAAAUCGAGCAGGAAAAUUUGGAAAUAAUAAGCCGUCUUUUCCAAUGCAGACUGCGUAGUGUGAGCUUAUCAAGGAACGCAUUUAUGACUCAACCAGGCAGUUUGGAAAGUCAAGAAGAAAGUGCGGAAAGAGAAGAUAAGGCAAACCUAGAACCAGAAAGAAGUGAUAUCCCAGCAGGUGUAGAUAAUAGUGUGUCCCCUGCGGAUAUUCCAUCAGAAGAAGAUUCAUUGAUUCCCCCUGAAUUCCAGCAACUAAUGCACAAACAAGAACAAGAUUUCCAGGCGCCGAGGCACUUGGAGAAGAAACUGUUACGAAUAGAAGGUCAGACUAUUCCAAUUCAUCAUGAGGACAUACAGAGGAUGGAUCUAGGACAAAAAAUCCCUGGUGUUCAAAGCAGAUCAAAAUGGCCUGUAACUCCCAAGAUGAUAAGAUCAGCCAUUCCACAGUAAAAAUAAACAAGCAAGAA